AUGCUGAAACAAUUGGUUACAAUUGUUUUAGUUUUUAAACUAUCACUUGAGACUAAAACUCAAAUGGAGUCUAGGGUGAAUAACGGUGAACGCGUACCAAUAACGAGCUCCCCACAUUCAGUAUUCUUAACGAUAAACUCUAAUUUGGGCACCUUUGUAUGUGGAUCAUCAGUAAUUAAUCAAAAAAUUCUCUUGACUGCUGCUCAUUGUAUUGAAUAUUGUGUCGACAACUGCGUAGAUUCGAGUGCAUACGCAGGAAGUGCUAAAAAGAAAAAAGGUGUGAAAGUGAACUUUUUGAGAACUAUAAUACAUGAGAAAUACAGUCGUAAGAAGAUAAAAAAUGAUAUAGGCUUGGUACUACUCGAGAGUCCUCUUCUACUGGGAAAAUCGAUCAAGAGAGUCGCCUUGUUGAGAAAACCUCCAGCUAGUAGAUUUGCGACUAUCGCGGGAUGGGGUCUGAUUAAUGAAAGGCUAUAUAUUUACACUGAUUAUCUACACUCGGUGAAACAGAAUGUUUGGAAAUUCGAUGAAUGUAAAGAGAAGAUACCAAGCAUACCCAAUGGUACCAUUUGCGCUGGAGAUAUUUACGGGCAAAAAUACGCAUCGGAAGGUGACUCCGGCAGCGCCCUAGUAGUCGACAAAUAUAUACAAAUCGGAAUAGUUUCUUACAAACGACCGGAUAUAUCUCAAGCCAUAGUAGUUUACACAGACGUUUCUUAUUUUUAUUAUUGGAUAAAAAAAAAUUCAAAGAAUUUAUUUUGUAAUUAUGUAUAA